CACAGAGGAAGAGAGACAGGCAGAUACUCAGAGAGUAACCAGAGAGAGGAGAUGGGGAGGGCACCCUGCUGCGACAAGGCAACGGUGAAGAAGGGGCCAUGGUCGCCGGAGGAGGACGCAAUGCUCAAGAACUACAUCGAGGAGCAUGGCACUGGGGGCAACUGGAUCGCACUGCCACACAAGAUAGGGCUGAAGAGGUGUGGCAAGAGCUGCAGGCUGAGGUGGCUGAACUACCUGAGGCCGAACAUAAAGCAUGGGGGCUUCACCCCAGAGGAGGACAGCAUCAUCUGCAGCCUCUACAUUAGCAUAGGGAGCAGGUGGUCAAUCAUAGCCGCACAGCUGCCGGGAAGGACCGACAACGAUGUCAAGAACUACUGGAACACGAAGCUGAAGAAGAAGCUCCUCGGGCGGCGCAAGGACCGGGACACGCACCACCGCCAGAGCGAGAUGUCCACCGAGAACGUGAACGACGGUGAGCGGGCGCUGAGCGCGUCGGCGAUGGAGAGGAUUCAGCUGUGUAUGCAGCUGCAGGAGCUGCAGAAUCCUCUCAGCGCCCACCAUAACCCCAUGAUAUGGCCUAGUAGGGCCACUCAAAGCAACAACAGCAAUGUAACAGUUACUGAACAAGGGCAGUCCAGCUCUCUGAAUGAGCACCUGAAUGCGCAGCUGGAGAGCGCUGCCAUAGACGGCCUAGCUUCGCCGUCGAGCGCAGAGAACUCGAACGUCAUCACCAUCGAGGCCGAGCUUGAAGAACUUCUCUACGGUGAGGGGAAUCAAGCGAAAGCCGGCGCGAUUGACAGCUGUGUGCAGCAAGGGGAUGUGGACUGGUGGAGCUAUGAUCUGGGCAAGUCUGUGAACUACUGGGACUCCACCCCUGAAACAAACUCACUGUUCCAGGACUACACAUCUGUUUUUGACAUUUAAUUUGAAGUGUGAAGAAGCUGUUAAAAGUAAGUUAGAGAGGUAAUAGGGAUUGUCUAGACUUGAUUCUGGAUUUGUGACAUCUACAUAAACUGGAUGGAACGUCUUGUAAGAAAUUUGUAGUAAGGCGUAAGGGGUAAAUAAAGGUAUAUAAAAAUGUCAGGUUCCAAGAAAUGCUAUUAUAGGGACCUGUUCUGUUCAUAGGAUCAUUUUGGCUGGCAAAGUUGAUUAGGUUGCUUUUAUUGAAGAAAACAAGAA